AUGCAGCCCCGCUGGGCCUCGAUGCUGCUGCUGCUCUGCAGCCUCCUGCUGCUCCAUGCACCGCCCUGCAGCGCCGGCCCCUCGCAGCCCAUCUACCCCGGGGAUGAUGCACCCGUGGAGGAGCUGAUCCGCUUCUACAACGACCUGCAGCAAUACCUCAACGUGGUCACGCGGCACCGGUACGGCCGUCGGUCCAGCAGCCGGGUGCUGUGCGAGGAGCCCAUGGGUGCAGCUGGGUGCUGAGCACCACGCACAGCACUGACUAUGGAGCCCAGCAGUGAUUGGGGGGGGGCUGCAACACCCACAGCCCCCCAUUGCACUGCCCUGCUCCCCAAUAAUAAACCCCA